AUGUUCCGUUCCGCUGCACGAUGGGUACGGAAAGUUCGCAGGACAGAUCCCUCUCGGACCUGGCAGAGCUUCCGCGAUGCAAAGGUCAUCAACCCGUUCGCCGAGUACCAGUGGACUUCGCAGCCCUAUCCGGACUACAACAUGCCCAGGGUAGCAGAAGAUGCCCGGCCUCACCGGACGCUCAAAGCUUUGAGCCAUCAUGAUGAGAAGGGAUGGUGGCACAUCAUCGAUGCAAAAGGAAGAGAUGUCGGCAAACUUGCGGCCUUUGCAUCCCGACUUCUUCAGGGAAAGCACCGUGGCCGUGUGGAAAAGGUUUUCGUGGAGUUUCAGAGAAAGGCCUUCCACAUGAUAGGUGGCUGCAUCAUCUGCCUGUGCUACCAUUGGGGGAUCAAGCGCCAAGUCUUGAAGCCGGCCUACUUGGGCGACAGCGGCAGCGGCGACACCGCAAGUACGGCGAUGGACGCGGGCGCCGCCUUCCUGGCCGUGUCUUUGGUUUGUUGGGUCAUCGAGGCGGCACGUCUCUGCGUCCCCUCCGUCCAGGCUUGGUACCUGAAAACCUUCAAAGGCUUGAUUCGACAGAAGGAGCAUAACAAGGCAGCCGGGAUUGCGUACUUCCUUCCAGGCGCACUGGCCGCGAUGCUUGCAGCACCUAGCAAUUUUGCGAUUUUGGGCAUUCUCUUCCUCUCGGUGGGCGAUGCAGCUGCCUCGAUAGGUACAGCUUUUGGCUACAUUCCAGUUUUCAAUUCUGCUCGGAAAGUGGAAGGAAGUAUUGGUUGCUUCACGGUUUGCCUAGCUCUAGCCGUGUACGCUGGGCUUUCACCAGGAGUAUCCUUGAUAGCUUCCGUGUUUGUGACUCUAGGGGAGGUUCUGGCAGAAAUCAUUGGCCUUGAUGACAACUUCGUGAUCCCAAUGCUUGGAGUGCUCGGUGUGCGCAUCGGGCUCUACCCACAACUUGGCCAGAUGGCUGGGGUUGUGUGUGUGGGACUGGGCCUGGGUGUAGGUCUGGCAGCCAUUGUGGGUGCCACGACAGCAAAGGAGUCAAAGUGCUGCGACUACGCGCCGGAUCGGGUAAAAGGUGAUUCCGUGAUAAUCGUGAAUGCAAUCCACUUGCAUUUCCCUGGCCAUACCUGGGACACAAAGAUCUACAGAUUCUACCGAAACAGAAAGACGGAUCCUCGAGGACCCAAGGUCGUCACAGCCACCAGGUUGAUGAUGCUGAAUCCUUCAAUCGUUAUCUCACAGGCAGUCAAGGGCAUGUUGCCGAAGAACCUUUUGCGGCCGAACUGGCUGCGAAGGUUGUACUGCUACCCGGGAGCCAUCCAUCCGCACUGGGGAAUCCCGCAGGUGAUUGUGCCGGCUCAAAGAGGGCCUGAACUAUCCCCGGAUGCAUUCACCGUACAGGAUGCGGAGGUUCUGCCGGACGUAGACGCAGGCGAUUCCUUUCUGCUGAGUCCGGAAGCCGUUUGCAGCACAGCCCUCUUGCAACAUGCAACACUGUGGACCAACAAAGACGUCUGUCAGAUUUGGUUUGCUCUUGGAGAGUGCUUCUGGCAUCGAAGAAUUCUGCUUUAUGUUGGCAAGAACGCGUACAUCUGCGGAAAGUGUGGUGCAUUGAACGAGAUAAAGCCAACCGACGUCAUUCGAUGUCGCGAGUGCGGGUAUCGGAUCCUCUUCAAGAUGCGGAGCAGCAAGCCGAUGCAAUACCAGGUUCAGGGGGCCUUUGAUGACGUUGAGGCUUGGAUUUUUCAGGCCUUCGAGGGGCGAGUGCAGGAUUUGGACAUUGAUGAGGAACUGGAACUCGAACUUGCGCAGCGACGACGUGGAAUGCGCUUCUUUGCUGCAGGACGUGCGAGGGAUGGAAAGCGCUUCGCAUCCAUUCUCUUUCCGUUGUUCCAGGGAGAUCUCAACAAGGAUCUCUACGAGGAGGCCUUCUGCGAUGUACUGCGUGUCGCCGGAAAUUCGGUGAAGCCGGGGUCCAGGCAUAAGCUAUCCUUUCGUGCUGGCGUGUUAUUCUUCACCGCAGACAGCCUGGGCAACACGUAUGGUGUAGUUGCUUCUGAUGAUUUUCCGCUUGCGAACGCCUUCAGCUUUUUGGAAGAGAUGCUGCAGGUCUACCACAGCAUUGAUGUCGAGAUUGCCUUGAACGAGGCAGACGAGUCUCUGUGGUCCGAGCCGCGCUUUCGGGAAGAUGCGUUCGGUAUUCGCGAGCUGGCGGUUGCCAGUUGGAAGAAGCAGCAUUUCAGUUGCGACCAGGGGACGGCACGGCUCAGGUCCAGCUUUCGGCGUCUCGUCGUUUUUGAGAUGGAGUCAUUGUGGAAGCGUGAAGCCUUUUUUCUCUUUGCAAUCAUGUUCGGUGGAAAGAAGCUGAAAGACCUUACUGAAGAGGACAUCAGAAAAUAUGCUGCAUCUUUGGUGGCAAUGCAUGGAGGACAGGAGGAAGCUGCCACCGAUGAGGAGGUCAGGCCUGCGGCGAACGAGAAUGGCAACCGUAAUGGCUAUGCGGAGCGUGGCUCUCAGAACUACGGAUGUCAGCUCGUAGAGCAUGUAGAGCUCAGACGGGUGAACAUUCAGAAGAGGGCCCCAGGAUGGAGACCCUGGUUGCUGUCUGUCUCGUAUGGCCCUGAGGAAAGUUCUGCCCAUCGAAAGAGAUUGGCGCAGGCGCGCGUUGCCGAUGCUUUUAUCUCGGAAGUCGAUUUCUAUCAGGUGAUUGCGGAAAAUGCUGCUGGUGGUCAUGUCGAUGGCAUCGAAGCCGAGGGCGACACCGAAGCGGCGCUCCAGCAAAGGCCGAAUUCUUUGCGCUGUGCAGUUUCUUCUGCGCUUCGUGCUCGAACCGUCCGAAUUGAAAGCAUGCUCGCCAUGCCGCAGCCUGUCAGCAUACAGGCGCCAUCUCCUCAGUUCUUUGCCUACCACAACUUACAGGACACUGUCGAGCCACUAGGUGGCAGUGCUUCCGAAGUCCUCGACUUUCGGCGAGAGUGGUGCGAGCUGCAGCCGGCAGCGAGCACCACUUCUCGGCACGACAGCAGUCGAAGAGAUGGUAUUCUCUUGGUGGAGUUUUUGCAGCGGCAUGCGUAUGACUCCUGGGUUGAAGGUGCCGCUCGGUUGUCUGCAUGUGCCCUGCACGUUGGAAUAGACGGCCAUGCUUCUGCUGUUGCAGACGACGAGUUGAAAACAAGGACAGAAGGAGUUAGCUACAAGACCUAUAGAAGAGAUGCGCAGAAGGUGUCCUCCGUCGGUCCCAAGCCGGUCUGGGACUCCACAGGAGGCCCUGCUAUCCACGGUGUUGGAGGAAGGCCGCGACUGGAAAAGGGCAAGCUACAUCGGGUCAUCUGGAUGUGCUGGACUGGGAACAACCCGAUGCCAGCUCAUCUCCGACUUUGUAUGGAGACCGUGCGGCGCAAUGCUGGCUUGCCCGUUGUACUUAUCACGCCGCAAAAUGUGACCGAGUACGUGCCGGACCCGCAUCCUGCGUAUCCCUAUCUUCACUUGGCCCACAGAGCAGACUACUUGCGUUGCUACUUGCUGCACAACUAUGGGGGUUUGUACCUUGAUGUUGACACCAUUUGCCUGCGAAGUCUUGCGGGCCUCUACGAGCUGGUGGAGAGCAACCAAUUCGAUGCUGUUGGUUAUGAUGGAGCUGAAUGGGGUGAGCUCAUCGGUGUUUCAGACAUGGGCCCUUUUCGGCCCAACUCGGAGCUUACGCAGCUUUGGUUCAAUGCUCUUCAUGGUCGGCUGGAGGAGAAGCUUCCGGAGGUCAUGAGCCAGAAGACUGACGUUUUCUACUGGCAGGAGAUACUGCGAGACGUUUUUGUGCCCGUCAGCCUUGUCCACAGCCAGCGCAUCAGCAAGGCUCUGCUCGCGCACAAUCCGGAGAAGGAGACGCUGUGGGCGGUCCGGCCUUUUCAGGAGGCUCUGGGGAAGGAGCUCCGUUCGCACAUACUUAUCUUAAACAAUGCCAAGUACGGUGAUGAGCUUGGUCAGCUGUCCGAGGACGAGAUUCUUGGAGGACCUGCAGUGCUGAGUCAGCUUCUGCGUCACUCGCUGGGCCUGCCAGAUGUGAUCUGA